AGGCCCCAGAGGCUCCCCUUUCUUGAGGGUGUAGACAGCUACAGCCAGGCGGUCAGUGGAAGUGCCUCACCUAAGCCCAGGACUCCACAGGCAGGUAGCAUGGCCUCGUGGUCCUGGCUGGCAGCCUGCAUGCUGGCCCUGUGCCUGGGUUCCACCUUGCCACAGAAUGUGUGCAGAGCUCCUGAUGGGAAGCCAGGGCAGCCUGGAGCCCCAGGUCUGAAUGGACGCCCAGGACUUAAGGGGGAUCGUGGUGAACAAGGGGCACCAGGAGUGAGGACAGGAGUCCGGGGUCUCAAGGGGGAUGAGGGUGAACCUGGCCCCCCUGGAAAGCCAGGGAAUAGAGGUUUUGGAGGUCCGCCUGGCCCCCAAGGACCCCCGGGAAGACCUGGAGAGAGUGGCCCCAAGGGAGAGGAGGGAAGAAUUCAAAACCAGGUCAAGCCGGCCUUCUCUGCAGUCCGGAAGUACCCACGACAGGAUCGGAAUGUGGUCAUAUUCGACAGCAUCAUCACCAACCAGGAAGGCCGCUAUCACAGCAACACGGGCAAGUUUAUCUGUAAUUUCCCAGGCUACUAUUACUUUACCUUCCAGGUGGUGUCCACUGGGGACCUUUGCCUCUUUAUUGUGACCUCCAAGGGAGGCCAGAGAAGUCGCUCCUUGGGCUUCUGCGACAACAACAGUAAGGGAAUUUAUCAGGUCAACUCUGGUGGCACCGUGCUGAAACUGGCAGAGAGUGACGAGGUGUGGAUUGAAACGGACCCUUCCCGGGGCAACAAGAUCUACAAUGGUCAAGAUAUCGAUAGUAUCUUCAGUGGCUUCCUACUUUUCCCCUCCAACUAAAUUUGUGACCCUAGGGUAGAGAAACUAGGAAUGUCCAGCAAAGACCCAAAUUUCAGCUUGUGCCUUUCUAACCCUUUCCAUCCAUACAGGAUCAUAUCUCUGGAGCUCGGGGCGGGGUGGGGGCACACCUCAGGGGUCACCAUGUCCAAUGCCUUGAUUUUACAGAUGAGGGAACAGAUAAGGCAUCAGAGAGGGACAGUGACAUAGCCAGGGUUACAAGUAAACGUCUAAAGCAGGAGGCUUACCCAGUGCUACCUCACGAUGCCAGUCUGCCUGCCUCUUGGGCAAGUCAUUUCAAAACAACAGCAUCUUUUUUAGUACCUUAAGAACUUUCCAAAGCAUCAUCUUCACAAACACCCUGGAAGGGAAGCAAGGCGAAGGGUCAUUAUCCUCAUUUGUCAGAUGGGGAAACUGAGACUAGGAGCUGGAAGACAGCUUGCCCACAUGGCCAGUGUCAGAACUGGUGUUUGCACUGUCCCACAUGACCUCUACACAUAACUACACUUUUCUUGCCCUCUCUGUAAAAUGUGAGAAGGAUCCUUUGACUGCUCGAAGGCAGGAGGGGAGAUAGACCAGGUGAUUGGUCUCUUGAGGUCCUUUCCAUCUCCGGGAUCCAGAAUGCUCUGUCUCCCUGUCCUUGAGCCCCCAAUGCCAUAGUAGCUUCCUUCUGUCCCAACCCUGAGGCCAACAAAGCAGCAUCUGCCAGAGCAAGAAGAUGAGCACUUCAUGAAAAAAGCCACCAUCUUUGCCUAAGCCCAUCUGCCCCUCUGCUUGGCUCUCCCACUUCUGAAGAAACCCCUCUCCAGGACUUCAGCAUCCUGUGCUGAUGGCUGUCUCCCCUCUUCUAUCCAGUCUCACUCAUGGCUUGGACUUUGCCUCUCUCCUCUUCAGCCCUGGGCCCACUGGUCCAGGUGGGUCACCUCUGCCCGUUCCUAGACCCCCAGUGCUAAGGGGACAGUGACCCUCCUGUACCCUUGGCACAGCAUGUAACCACCUGAACCAAAGUUUUAAUGAAUAAACAAAGUGAUUCAGUUC